AGGCAUAAGAUUUCCGGUUGAAUUAAAAUUGUUUAUCUCCUAUUCUCCUUUUUAACCACAGAGACCAGAGCUAAAACCUCAAUUUUCAGAUUUCUGCUUUUAUCUUUACAACGCCAAGGAGAGUACAUAAAAGAACGUAAAAGGAUUAGCAAAAUGAGCAAGUUUGGAGGAGCUCCCAAGUGUCCAAUAUGUAACAAGAGCGUCUACAUGUCCGAGGAGGUGGUAGCUGAGGGAUAUAAAUGGCACAAAAAUUGCUUCAAAUGCUCCAGUUGUAACAAAAUGUUGGACUCUAGCAACAUGGCAGCUCACAGGAACGAAGGAAAAGAGGUUCCAUCUCUCUUUUGCUCUCAUUGUCACCGCAAGACUCAUGAUAUUCACAAAAUAGCUGCACCGACAACUGCAGCUUCUGUCGGUGGGCCUAAUGCUUGUGGUAGAUGCAACAAAACAGUGUAUGCUGCAGAGAAAGUUGUUGCUGCUGGAAAGCCCUGGCACAAGAGUUGCUUCAACUGUGCAGAAUGUAAUAAGAAAUUGGAAUCUACGACAGUGACUGAUAAUGAAGGAGAAAUCUAUUGUAAAGGUUGUUAUGGGGCAAAAUUUGGACCAAAAGGAUUUGGAUAUGGAGGAGGUGCAGGUGCUCUCACUCGCACUCAAUAGAUGAAGCACUUUUUAAACUGUUUACCUUUUUGUUCGACUUUUGUCAUUAUUAUUGCUAGAGAUUUUGUCAUUCUUCCAUUUUAAAAAUAUUACAUUCUACAUAGUAUAAGUAAAGAA